UCGUUCAAAUGUCUUAAAGACAAGUUUCGUUUACGACACAGUAUUGAGAAUGUAGCUUGUUGGUAGGGUAAUGAAGAGUACUGGUGGGAAGGAUAUGAAAGAACAAGCUGGAGAGGAUAAGAAGGUUCUCCUGGAUCCAGUUCCAGUUCUAGAUCUAGGAGAUCUCAGCCAGGAUGAAGGAUACAAGGACGGAGUUAAGAAAACAAAGAGAGCUCGGGUGAAGGGGGAGGAUGACGUGGCAGAUGUAACUAAGCGGAGACGAACCUGGGAGCUUUGGUCAGUCGGAGAUAAACAUAUUUUCUUCGAAGCUCUCAAUGAGUUCGGAAAAGAUUUUGAUAAGAUUCAAGCUCAUUUUCAGAGCAAACUGAAGAAUAAAAAGAAUAUACCUGCAGAUUAUAUUAAGAAUAAAAAUCAAAUCCGACAUUUCUAUUAUAGGAGCUGGCACAAGAUCUCGUCGUACAUCAGCUUCGACGUAGAUCUAAAGAAAAGUACAAAGGAAUUGUUUGGAUUGAUCAACUAUGGAGAACUAUGGAAGAAAGUUGGCGGAACUAUUGAUGAUAAAUUAGGCGCCAAGCUUGAAGAAUUGGUUCAAAAAGGGUUUGCAACUCUCAAGCACAAAGGAAAGACUUUUCGAGUGAAAACUCCUGUUUGUCGAGCUCUGAAAAGGAUUCACAAUAAAGGAGAUAUAUCUGGUAAACAGAAAGGGACUAAGGUUCUCCCCUCCAGGGUUGCAAUAGACCUGAAACCCAGGGAAACCAAGGACUGGUAUAAGGUUCAGAAACUUGCUCAAAAUCCACAUAUCAAGGUUUCACUCCUUCUCCAGAGAAAGGUUUCAUCCCUGAUCAACUGUCUGAUGAAGAAAUGGCGAUCUCGAGAUGAAAAACUCCUGGAAUCUCUGCAAGGGGUCUCCAGUCCUGUUAAAAAUAUGACUGAAUUAAUAUUGUUCCCAGUCAAGGAUGUUAAGAUGAAGAUCCCUGUGAUCACAGCAGCUCCGAUCAUCACCAGCUCUCAGAUCAGUUUACAAAGCAUGAAACCAAACAGUUUUAAUUCAAAUUUCAAACCUAAGAUAAAAUUGAAGUUUUCCGAGGAAGAAACCCUUGUGACGGAAACCAACGGAAACGGCGGGGAAGGAGGAAGCGAAGACGGUUUUACUCAAACUCAAGAUUGUGAUAGAAUAUUUAACCAGUCAGAUAACGGAUCUCAGGAAGAGACUGAUGUUGCGGAGGAUUUUUUAUCCCACGACGAUCUACUGGAUUUGUGGGAAGCAGACGGCAGUAGAUCUCCGGGUCCUAACCCAGAUAAAGAGUCCGACGUGGAGAUGGACAACGACAAGGAUGAGGACAGAGACGAGGACAAGGAGUUGGAGGACGAGGAUAAAGACGAACAGGACGAGGAGAAACACCAGACAGUGGAUUCCAAAGAUGACGAAACCAAAAUUUUAAAAACAAACUUUUCCAACCUGAAAUCCUUUGAUCCUUCUCAAGGCUGGAGUUUAAACAAUGUGGAAGACUUGACUGUCGGAGAACUAUAUUUGAUGCUGGGGGACGAGGGAGGGAAUACUUUUCAAUUAGAAUAUCACUGGAGGGAGGUGAAGAAUGAGUCCCUAGAUCCUUGUAUUAAUCAAAAUCUUGGAGCAGAGUGCCAGACCUUGUUGAGCAGGCUGAUCAAGCUAUCUAGCUCCCAACCAAAUAAACCAGGACGGGGGAGACAAAACAGUUUAUCAUCAACAAGUCCAACUGUCAGAAAUAUCUUGUCUCCUGUGUCGUCUCCGAUUACCUCCCGUCAGAGUCCUGGGACUAGGGUGCUCGGGGUGGGAAGGGGUGUGGCUAAACAGUUGCCGCUUAUAUCUGAGCUACCGGAGAAACCUGGUAGUCCUCUGGCAGUUCCUCUGGAACCGGAAAUAGAGUUUAGGAAACCUUUGGCUCCGGCAGUAAAACCUCCCGCCCUAUCCUCAACCUUUCAGAAACAAAUUGGACAAUAUUUCCCCAAGUUUUCAAACCGUCGAGGUCGUCAGAAUCGAAACCGUGCCAAAAACCAGCUCGUAGGUCGUCAAAUCCUUCAACCCGUUCAACCCAAGCAGACACAUCAGAUAGUUCAGCACCUACUCCUUCCCCUCGCCACCAAUACUCUACCUGGAAACAUAAACCCAUUCAUUAUAGAGUCUCCUCUCACCAUUCUUCAGACAACUAACAUGCCCUCCUCCACCCUCAUUAGUGAUCCUGUAUCUCCUGUUCCUCCUUCCUCUCCUCCACAGAUAUGUAUCCCGUCCCCUGCUCUUUCUCCAGCCCGGAGAACUCCGUCCCCAACCCCGUCCUUUUCCUCUCUCAUGGACAUAUCUUUCCCGGAGUCUACUCCGGUUACUCCGUCCAAAGAUCAGUUUAUGUCUCUGAUUGAUGAAGGUUCCUUGUUGCAUACUCCUCCCCGUCCUAGUACUCCGAACCCUAGCUCCCCCUCCAGGUGCCUCACGGACAGUGCCGACCUAUCCCUCACCUCCUGGGCACUCAACUUCGAGUCUCCAGUUAAACUUAGUUCUGGACCUCCUAAUUUACAUAAUGAUGAUUCUCAAGCAUCCACAAUAUCUACCAAUAGCGAGGUUGACCGACAGCUGACAGCAAUGAUGAACGAGAAUUCCCUGGACUUCACUUCGAAGUUUAGGCAGCUCGCUAAACACGUGACCAGCUUCGACUGUAACUAAAUACUUAACCAUCUUCGAAAUUGAUAACGUGACUACUGACCAGCUUUGGCUCCAACUAUACAUGUGACCAGCUUCAAUUGCAACUAAACACGUGACCAGCUUCAGCUGAAACAAGUGAUAAAUUUCGACUUCAGCUAAUUACGUGACCAGCUUCGAUUGUAAAUUAACACGUGACCACCUUCGCCUUCAACUGAACUAAAAAUAUGGACACAGUUAAUACUUCUGGGGGUCUUAAAUUAUGGAAAUCAAAUGACGACAUAAAAUCGUUCUCUGACUUAAACUGUAAAUUAAGAAUAAGUAAGUUCACAUUAAAAGAAAACAAGUUGUAAACAAUUGCUUUUUUAUCUUUAAAAACGACGCCAGUAUUGGAAAAUUAGACAAUUUCAUAUUAAAUAGUUUAAAACUGAAACAAAUAUUCUUCUUAUUUUCAUCAGUUUUAAAGGCCGGUACAACUCGUAUAACAAAGGUAUGUAAAUUUUAAAGAAGGGCAUGCCCGAUACACUUAAACCUUUAUCUGAUCAAUAAUGUGGAAGUUAUUUGUCGUUUUUUUAACAUAAAAUUGCUUAGUUUCAUAUGUUAAAUAGCGAAAAUCUGUCUAGUCACAAUUAACAGUGAACCUAAAGUUGAAAAUAAUCGAUUUUUAAAGUCAAAAACAUGGAUAUCUCAUUCAUUCUUUAUCAUUUCUACAGCCCCUUUAAACGGUUGAAACUCGUUAUUUGAUUUCCGUGAUUAUCAAAACAACUUCCAGAUAACUAAUGAGAAUACAAGUAAGGAGAGAGGUUUAGGGGGCGUUUAAAUUUUACGGUAACGUUUUAUAACAGCUCUAGCUCAGCCCCCCCCCCCCCAUCCAUCUGAUCCAGAAUACGGAUCUUUGUUUUCGAUUCUUGAAUAGAACUUGUUCCUGAGAUGUCCGAACACUUCACAAUAUAAUGAAAACAAACCCUAUCCCUCCCCUUAAUUAUAUAUCAAUUUGCAGAAACUACAUAACAAAACCUAAAUCUUUGUUAGAAAUUUAAACCAACCGUGGGAUCAAAUACUUGUUUUGUUAGCAUAGUGCCUUUGACAAAUUUUGCUUGUGUUCCUUUGCUGAAGUGUGUUAAUCUCAUUUUCAUUAUAUUAUGAACCCAGACUAUAAAGUUUUUUCCAGUUAAAAUAGAUAUGAGCUCAUUCAAUAAAAAAAAAUUCAA